GAAUAUACCCUUCCCUCUAAUUUUAUGUUAAAUAAUAGUUUAAUGGGCUGUAAAAUGAUUGAAUUGCCCUUAUUAACUCCAAAAAACUAAAAAGUCAUAAUUUCAAUUUAAUUAUUUUAUGUACCUAAAAUUAAAAGACUUCCAACCCUUCUAACCCGACAAAACCUUCUUCUUCCUCUCUACUCCAUCCACACCCUUGUACCUAGGGUGCUUUAAUACAAUGAAGCAAAAGAAAAAGAACAAGAAGGGUUGGAUGGCAGCAAAACUAGAUAUUUCAAAGGCCUAUGAUCGCGUGGAAUGGCACUUCUUAGAGCAAAUGAUGUUAAAAUUAGGAUUCGCAGAGCGAUGGGUAAAAUUGAUGAUGAACUGUGUCACAACAGUAUCUUAUUCCUUGGUGGUGAAUGGGCACCAAACUGAAAUUUUCAAGCCUGAGAGAGGACUGAGGCAAGGUGAUCCCAUUUCACCUUACCUCUUUCUACUAUGCGUGGAAGGCUUGGUUGCUCUCAUUGAUAAAGCCACUAGAGAAAAGAAAAUUCAUGGCAUUAAGUGCUCGGCAAGGGGUCCUGAAAUCUCCCAUCUGCUUUUUGCAGAUGAUAGCAUCUUUUUUACAAGAGCUACCUCGGAGGAGUGCAGCAAACUUAGGGAGAUCUUGAAGAUCUACGAGGAGGAGUCGGGAUAAAUGGUGAAUCUAACAAAAUCUGAGGUUAGCUUCAGCCCAAAUCUAAAUGCUGACACAAGAACCUAUCUGGCAGAGAUUUUGGGGAUGAAGCAAGUGGUAAACCACCAGAAAUACCUAGGACUACCCACAGUAGUUGGUAGGCAGAAGAAGGAAGUAUUUGGGGUACUAGUGGAAAAAGUGAGGAAGAAGAUCAAACAUUGGAAGGGAAAGAUGCUAUCGGUGGCAGCAAAAGAGGUUUUAAUCAAGUCAGUGGCUCAGGCACAGGCCACAUACACGAUGUCAGUUUUCCAGGUUCCGGAUGGAGUAAUUGAUGAAUUAAGGAAAGCUAUUUCAAGUUUCUGGUGGGGACAACAGAAGGAAGAGAGACGAAUCACAUGGAAGGCAUGGAAGAAGCUUUGUAAGCCAAAAGAAGAGGGGGGCCUAGAUUUCAGAGAUCUAAAAACCUUCAACCUGGCCCUACUGGGAAAACAGAUUUGGAAUCUCCUUCAAAACCCAACAUCGCUGGCAGCACGAGUUUUGAAAGCUAAAUACUAUCCAAACUCAGACGUGCUCCAAGCAAGAGUGGGCUAUAACCCCAGCUUCACGUGGAGAAGCCUAAUGGCAGCUCAGACAAUGGUAAAGGAAGGCUUAAGAUGGAUAAUAGGAGAUGGAAGACUGACAAAUAUCUGGCAGGACAGAUGGCUGGCAAAUGCAGAGGAAGAUGGCUACAAGGUAACCACUCCACAGUGCACUAUUGGAGGAACAUCAAUAGUAGCUGAACUAAUUGACCAUGAGAGCAGAAUGUGGAAGUCGAAUAUCCUACAACAGCAUUUCAAUGCUGUGGACAGAGCAAGAAUACAAGGGACCCCAAUCCCCAGGCAACCAGCACAGGAUGAGCGAAUUUGGAGUUUUGAAAAGAAUGGUAAGUUUUCAGUCAGAACAGCCUAUAGAUACUGGUUCAAGAAGAAUACAGAGAAGGAGAUUCAUUGGGAAGAAGUGGAUGUCGAAACAGAAGAACAGGGGAUAGAAGUGGAAGCGUAUGACCCUAUGAAUUGGAAGCGCCUAUGGAAGCUGAUUAUUCCCCCGAAGGUGAAGAUUUUCCUAUGGAAAUUGGCUCACAACAUACUACCCACAGGAAAGAAUCUAGAGUCCAGAAAGAGGGAUGCAAGCCCUAAUUGCCCUUUUUGUGGGCUGGAAGAAACACAAAACCACAUUUUCAGGGAGUGUGACUGGGCAGUAAGGAUAUGGAAACCUACCCCGUUGAGAAAUUUCUUCGAAUUAGAUGGAACCCUAUCCCCUGGAAGCUGGCUGUGCGAAAUUAUGGAAAUGGUAGAUGAUGAUACUUUAGGGCAGCUGGGGGUUCUGCUAUGGUUCAUGUGGUUCGAGAGGAAUAACCAGUGUUUUAACAAUCACAAGGCUGAGGAGUGGGAAAUCGCGGGGAAAGCGUAUGCUUACUGGGAGGAAUACCAAAACCAAAACAAUCAGGGGCCGAUUCAAGUAGAGGAGAGGAGUUAUACCUGGAAAAAACCACCGGAAGGGUGGCUGAAGAUGAACAUCGACGCGGCGGUGAUGGCUGGCCAGGGCACGGGCUAUGGAGCAGUGGUACGAGAUGAGCGGGGGAACUUCCGAUAUGCAGCAAUUCGAAGAGAGAGAGCUCAAUGGUCACCGGAGAUAGCUGAAAUCCGGGCGAUUCAGUUUGGUCUUCGACUGAAGGAAAUGUACGACCUCCAGCAAAUUGUGGUCGAGACUGACUGCCAGCCUGUGUUCCUAUCGCUAUAGAAUAGGGUGAGGACAAGGACUGAGAGUGGGCUUCUGAUUGAAGAAAUUGAAAUGGAAACCAACAGGGCCGGACCGAUCAGUUGGAGUUUUACAAGAAGAGAAGGCAAUCAAGCAGCCCACUUAUUGGCCCAUACCCAAUGCCCUUGGGAUGCAGAGGAAUUUUGGUCUGAAAGACCACCUUUUUUUCUAUUCUCUGUUCUGGAACAAGACUCUAUGAAUAAUUAAUAAAAAUCCAGAUUUUGAUUGUAAAAAAAAAAAAAAGUCAGUUCCUUUUCAGAGCGACAUGGGGCACAAUAAAGCGUUUUAAUUUAU